GACACGUAGCUUGUUAAAUAUUUCCAACAUAUACAUGUGAAUACAGCUUAAGCUUUCGUUAAGUAUUUGAGAAACGUCAAUUUGAUGUUAUCGAUAACUUCCUUGCAACACUUUACAACCAAAACAAAAUAAUCACAUUAAAACAGUUUAGUAUGCAAAAGUGAAUGAGUUUUUAAUAACAUAAUGGCAAAUCGUACAGUUAAAGAAGCCAAAAAUAUCCAUGGAACAAAUCCACAAUAUCUUGUUGAAAAAAUUAUACGUUCUCGCAUUUAUGAUUCGAAAUAUUGGAAGGAACAGUGCUUCGCGCUCACCGCCGAACUGUUGGUGGAUAAAGCUAUGGAGCUCCGCUUCAUCGGUGGUGUUUUCGGCGGUAAUAUAAAGCCAACACAAUUUCUUUGCCUCACACUUAAAAUGCUACAAAUUCAACCAGAAAAGGAUAUUGUGGUGGAGUUCAUAAAGAAUGAAGAGUUUAAAUACGUUCGUGCACUGGGAGCGUUUUAUUUACGUCUCACUGGCAGUGCUUUGGAUUGUUAUAAGUACUUGGAACCUUUAUAUAACGACAAUCGUAAACUCCGCCGUCAAAACAGGGCAGGCCAAUAUGAAAUUGUUCACAUGGAUGAUUUUAUAGAUGAGUUACUCCGCAGUGACCGUGUGUGUGAUAUAAUAUUACCGCGUAUACAAAAACGUGCAGUGCUUGAAGAGAAUAACGAACUGGAGCCGAAAAUAUCCUCACUCGAUGAGGAUUUAGAUGAUGAUGUGGUUAGCGAUGAAGAGGGUGGUGUAGAUCGAGAUGAUGACAAAAAUAAAUCAUCGUUUUCUUCCAAAAAAAGAUCACGCAAAGAUCACUCACGUUCGCGUAGUCCUAUUGCUGCGCGUGAGCAAAGAACUGGUCGUACGCGUGAUUAUGAUAAUGAGUUAGAAGAUUAUAGUCGACAACGUGAACGCGAUAGAGAUAGAGAUCGAUUUGGUGUCAGUUCGGCAUCAAGCAGUAAUCGUCAUUGGGAUGAUCGUUCUGGUGGUACAAAUAAUUAUCGUGGUGGACGUGAUGAUUAUAGAGAUGACUACAGGCGAGACGAUUAUAAAGAUCGGCGUUAUGACAACCGCGACUCUCGAAAUGAUCGGGAUAGAAGGCGGCAUUAAUCACUUUGUAUGUAUUUAUGUAGUAUACUAAACAAAAACAAAAAAAUACACAAAAUAGUAUAAAAAACAAAAA